GUUUGACCCGUUUUACGCGUCGUCCGACUCGAUCAAUAUCCCAAUUCGUUUCAUAUACAGUCUGGUAUCAAUCACGGAUUAGUUCAUAUAAUCUGCCUCUUUGCACUGCCGCAGAGCCCUAAACGACUGCCUACUCCGAUCGUUUGCCAAUAUGCUGUUAUCUCCGGGCCACUCCCCACGCCGCAUCUCGACUCCAUCGCCGUCCCCAUCCCUAAAUGACCAAACCCCUAACCCUAAUUCUUCCGCUCCUAACAAGAACGGCAGUAGUUCUUCGUUGAUUACCACGAAUUCAGCCCCCAGGAAUCGCCGGAAUAAAGUCCUAGACGAAGACACAUACGUCGCCGCAAUAGAGAAGAUCAUCGAGCGGGAUUUCUUCCCUGACAUUCCAAAGCUCCGAGAUCGACUCGAUUGGCUCGAGGCCGUCCGUACCGGAGAUCCUCUUCAGAUUCGCGAUGCGCAGUUGAAAAUUAUCGAGCGCCGCCGCGGAAAGGCAAUCGGUUCCGACACUGCAGGUAAUAAAUCUCGAACCCCUGGCUCGACUUUUUUCAGAAACUCAAUCACCCCCUUUGACGACGUUUUCAAGACCACUACUCCGAGUAUGACCGGCGAUGCCGGUGAUAGCUGUAAUACUUCUACCGAUAUUGGAAAUAAAAUUGGUGAGGGUGAGGUUGAUACGUCCUUGCCGUUAGAUGAUUUCAUGAGGAGGUACACCAGUGAGGAUAACGAGAGCUUCUUCAAGAUUAUUGAGAAAGCUAAUAGGAAGAGAAAGGAACGGUACGAUUUUUUGUUAGAAGGUGAAAAGCAGGAGGUAGAUGUAAAUCUGAUAGAGGGUUCAAAAAGAGAAAAGGUCUCUACAGAUGGAUAUGGUACGUCGGAUCAACCUGUUGCCACAUUAGAAGGGUGGAAAUAUACUGCAAAGAACCUGCUCAUGUACCAUCCUGCUGAUAGAGGAGAGGCACCAUUAACAGAAGAAGAAAUGGCUAAUAGACUCAAGGGGUUGACCAAGGAAAUUAACAGGCCCAAUACUCGUUUUCAUGGUAAAAUGGCAGAAACCCUUCUGAAAGAAGAUGAGACCGUGGCUGUUCUUUAUUCACCCGUUCCAGGAGCUACACCUCUUCCUUUUAUUGACAGAGGGGGGGAUAAAUUAAAGAAAUAUGAUCUGGAAGAUUUCAAGAAAACUCCCAAUCAGUUCUUUAUAGAAUCUGGGAAGAAAGCUGAAAAUGGAUAUAGUUAUGUUAUGACUCCAUCUCCUGCACCUGGUGUUGAUGGCUCCCCCUUCAUCACUUGGGGUGAGAUAGAAGGUACCCCACUUAGGUUGGAACCAGAAGACACUCCCUUUGAUAUUGGAGGUAAUGGAGAAAGGCCCCACUAUAACAUACCAAUGCCGGCUUCAAGAGAUGUAAAGGCCCAUUCUUUAUCUCGGGAAGCUUCUAGGAAACUCAGGGAGAGGACAAAGAUGUUUCAGAAACCGCCUUUGCACUCUCCAGUCAGAGGGGGGAGUGUUAGUCCAUGUGGACGGACUCUAUCUCCAGCUGCACAGAAGUUUGUGAGGAAUGCCAUUGCCAAGUCAUCACGGUCUUUGGAUGAAUCUCUGAGGGCUAGCUAUCGUGGUGCCAGUCCUGGGUUGGGCACUCCUAAAUCUGGUAGGAGUAUGUCAAGACUCGGAAGAGAUGAUAGUUUGGCUGCUUCUAGGUCUCCUUCUGUUAAAGAGGACGGAUCUAAUCCUCCUUGGUAACUCUGUAUGCCUUCUGUUGCGUUAUGUAUUAUACGGAGUAGUUUUUUUAUACUUGUUCUUUGAUGAUUAUGAGGUUGAUUGUUGAAGUCUGCCAUAUUAUCUUCUUUUUCAGUGAAGUGUUGUACAUCUUUAGUAUCCAUUCUUCUGAUGUUAUUCGUUAUACAAUUAUACUAGUUAAUUGCUAUCCCUAUGAAAAUCUUAUUUGAAUUGAUUUGGGCUUUAGCUUAGGGACAGUUUAGGUGGAAGGUUUUAUAUGGGAAGCUUUAGAAAAC